UUUUCUUUUUAGUUUUUGACGCCUUUUGAUAUCAUCAUCCUUUCUAGCUUGAGCUAAAGCUGAUUGGUCUAUAGGAACUUUAUAUUUUUUAAUAUCUCUUUUUCUUUCUAAUACUUUUCUUCUUCUCUCUUCUUGCGCAAUCUCUUUUAAUCUCUCUUGCCUAAUAUCACUAUUUUUUCUACGUUUAAACACAUCUGAGUCAGUCGAGUCUAAUUCUCUCUUGGAUACUUCUAGAGGUAUGGGAGGAGAAGGACUUAAUGGUGCAUUUUGUGAUUCUAUAACAGAUUUUGGCUCUACAAUAUCUUCAUGUGGAGAAAAUUUUUUAUUUGUUUUUCUCUUUGGUUUCCGUUUCUUUUUUAUUUCUCUUUUUAUUUUAAUUCUUUUACCAUUAUUUUUCAAAUUUCUUUCUAAUGCUUGA